GAUUGUGAAAAAGACAAGGAUAUAAUGGGAUCUAUUGUCUAUUGCAUUCACCASAAAGAAGGUUGCAAAUGGAGUGAUCAAUUACGACGUUUAAAAGGACAUUUGCAAACAUGUAAAUAUGAUGCGUUACCUUGCACAAACCACUGUGGAGCUCAAAUUGCCAGAAUUUUAAUGGAUGAUCAUGUGAGAUACACAUGUAUUGAACGUGUCAUCAAGUGUGAAUAUUGUAAUGGUGAAAUGAAAGGAGAAGCAGCCGGAGAAGAACAUAGUAGAACAUGUCCAGUAGAGCCAAUCCAUUGUGAAGCUAAAUGUGGUGUAAAAAUUCCAAGACGAAUGUUGGCCAAACAUAAGGUCACAGAAUGUUCAAAAAGAUUAGUACCAUGUCGUCAUUGUGGACGGCAAUUUGUAGCUGACACUAUAAACUCACACACAACAUCAUGCCCACGAUUCCCUCUAACUUGUCCUAAUCGAUGUGAAAUUGUCACUGUAGCACGUGAAGAUUUAGAACAUCACAUUAAACAUGCAUGCCAUUCAAUGUUAAUAUCUUGUAGCUUCAAAGAUGUUGGUUGUCGAUUCAAAAGUUUAAGAGGAAAGCAAAUGGACACACACAUGGAUGAAGCAAGCCAACAACAUUUAUCAUUAAUGUGUUCAAUGGUCACUAAACAACAACAACAAAUUGUAUCCAUGAAAAAAGUGAUAAAUAAUUUAGCUGUUAAUCAGUCAGGUACGCUGAUUUGGAAAAUCAGCGAUGUACUGGAAAAACUUGAAGAGGGUCGUCAAAAACUAUGUGGUGAUGGUCUAGAACUCAUCAGUACGCCGUUCUACACCAGCCAAUUUGGAUACAAGUUGCAAGCAUCGGUGUUUUUGAAUGGCAACGGAUCUGGUGAAAAUACACAUGUAUCUGUUUAUAUAAAAAUACUGCCUGGUGAAUUUGAUGCUUUACUGAAAUGGUCAUUUUCACAUUCAGUGUCAUUCACAUUAUUUGACCAAAGUGAAAAGCCAUGCAACAUAGUUGAGAGUUUUGUGCCUGAUCCAUCUUGGGAGAAUUUUCAACGACCAAGCACGCAGCCAGAUAGCCUUGGAUUUGGUUUUCCUAAAUUUGUGUCACACGAAACUCUACUAAAAAAAAGACAGUUCAUUAAAGACGAUACAAUAUUUCUACGCAUUAAAGUAGAUCCCAGCAAAAUAGUAGCAGUUUAAAAAUAUUUUCAGUUUAUAAUGUAUAUUAUAUGAUCUCGUAAAAUGUAUAUGAAAAUAAUUGUUCAUAUUCAAUUUUUUUUKUGUGUGUGUGUGUUUUGGCUGUCUUUUAUCACAUAUGGUAAUGUACAAAAUGUGACUGUUUGUUAGUGUUAAUUCUUACACCGGUUGAGUCAAUUGAUUUACUUUAUUUAUUCAUUUUUUCCUUUAAGAAUACUAUACCAAAUACAUUUUAUUUUAUAUUAUAUUUUACACU